CGCACUCAUAGUGGCAGAAUAGAUUGAUUAUUUCCGUUGCUUCGAAAUCCGAAUCCACGUGGCAGAUCGUUGGAGUUCUAACUUCUUCUUCAACUCCCCAACCCUCUGGAAUUCUCACUGAUAAUUUCUGUGACUCUCCCUCUACAUUGAUCUGAAAUAGGUAAUGGAUUCUCUGCGUUUGUUUCGAAGCUCAAUCCUUCACCAGAACCAAUUCAGAUUCACCGACUAUCGUUCUUCUCAUACAACUCGUCUUCUUCCCACUCUCUUCACUCGAACCAGAAUUUCUAGUCCACUCCAUCUCCGCCAUUUACCCCCGAUCGUUCGUGUCGCUGCUGUUUCUUCUACUGAAACUAUAGAGGAGGAGAAGAAGUCUGAGAAGAAAUCAAAACUGGGGCGUGAUAAAGUGCUGCUAAAUAUACGGUUGGAUCACCAAGUUGAAUUUGGAGAGCAUGUUGUUAUUUUGGGGUCAGCAAAAGAAUUGGGCUCUUGGAAGAAGGAGGUGCUUCUAAAGUGGACAGAGAGUGGUUGGGUGUGCAAUUUGGAAUUCAAAGGGGGCGAGCCCAUUGAGUAUAAGUUUGUUAUUGUGAAUAAUGAUAAGACUAAGAAAUGGGAAGGUGGAGAUAAUCGAGUUGUGAAGCUUCCAAAACAGGGGAGUUUUGGAAUUGUUUGUCAUUGGAAUGCAACAGGAGAGGCUGUUAAUUUAUUGGCGUUGGAGGAAGGAGAGGCUGUAAUUGACAAUGGGUCUACAACUGCUGAUGCUCCUUCUGCUUCUCUUUCAGAGGUGGAGACGAGUCCUUUUGUUGGGCAAUGGCAAGGAAAGGAUAUCUCCUUCAUGCGCUCAAAUGAGCAUCGGGACCGUGAAUCAGAAAGAAGGUGGGACACCUCAGGUCUUGAAGGACUGGCUUUAAAAUUUGUUGAAGGUGAUAGAAAUGCAAGAAAUUGGUGGAGAAAGCUUGAAAUUGUACGUGAUCUAUUACUUGAAAACUCGCAAAGUGAGGAACGAUUGGAUGCGCUCAUUUAUGCUGCCAUCUAUUUGAAGUGGAUAAACACAGGACAAAUUCCUUGCUUUGAAGAUGGAGGUCAUCACCGCCCAAAUAGGCAUGCUGAGAUUUCAAGGCUUAUAUUUCGUGAAUUGGAACGAAUUUCGUCUAGGAAAGAUACUUCACUGCAGGAAUUACUUGUUAUCCGCAAGAUUCAUCCGUGUCUCCCUUCUUUCAAGGCAGAAUUUACUGCUUCUGUACCACUAACACGCAUAAGAGAUAUUGCUCACCGGAAUGAUAUUCCUCAUGAUCUCAAGCAAGAGAUUAAGCAUACUAUACAAAACAAACUUCAUCGCAAUGCUGGUCCGGAAGAUUUGGUUUCUACAGAAGCAAUGCUUGCAAGAAUAACAAAAAAUCCAGGAGAGUACAACGAAGCAUUUGUAGAGCAAUUCAAGAUAUUCCAUCAUGAACUCAAAGAUUUUUUCAAUGCUGGAAGCCUUGCCGAACAACUUGAAACCAUCAAGACAUCUCUAGAUGAACGUGGCCUUUCAGCCCUUACCUUGUUUUUGGAGUGCAAAAAGAGAUUGGAUGCUGGGGAAGAAUCAAGUCAUGGUAAUAAUACCAGCGAUUUGUUGUUUAAAACUAUGCAAUCACUGAAUGGUCUCAGAGGAGUAAUUGUAAAGGGUCUUGAAAGUGGCCUUCGAAAUGAUGCUUCUGAUGCUGCAAUAGCCAUGCGUCAAAAGUGGCGUCUCUGCGAGAUUGGGCUUGAGGACUAUUCAUUUGUUAUUUUAAGCAGAUUCCUGAAUGGGCUUGAAGCUAUUGGUGGUACUAAUUGGCUGGCAGAAAAUGUGAAAUCAAAGAAUGUAAGCUCUUGGAAUGAUCCACUUGGUUCAUUAAUUGUCGGGAUUAAUCAGGUAAAGUUAUCUGGAUGGAAGUCUGAUGAAUGUGAUGCUAUUGAAAGUGAACUUCUUGCUUGGAAAGAAAAAGGUCUCUUCGAAUCGGAAGGAAGUGAAGAUGGCAUGACACUAUGGGCAUUAAGGCUCAAAGCUACUCUUGAUAGAGCUAGAAGGCUAACUGAAGAGUACUCUGAAGCACUUCUUCAAAUAUUCCCUCAGAAAGUCCAGACAUUAGGAAAAGCUUUUAAUAUCCCAGAGAACAGUGUAAGGACAUAUGCUGAAGCCGAGAUUCGUGCUGGGGUGAUUUUUCAGGUUUCAAAACUCUGCACCCUUUUCUUGAAAGCUGUUAGAACUACACUUGGUACUCAGGGUUGGGAUGUUCUUGUUCCAGGAGUUGCUGUGGGAACAUUGAUUCAGGUUGAUAGGAUUGUCCCUGGUUCAAUACCAUCAUCAGUGGAAGGACCAAUUAUUCUUCUGGUCAACAGAGCAGAUGGAGAUGAAGAGGUAACAGCUGCAGGGAGUAACAUAGUGGGGGUCGUCCUGUUGCAAGAGCUACCCCACUUAUCUCAUCUUGGUGUUCGGGCUCGGCAAGAGAAGGUUGUCUUUGUGACAUGUGAAGAUGAUGAUAAAGUUGCUGAUUUGCAAAAGCAAAUUGGGAAAUCGCUGAGGCUGGAUGCAUCCUCAAAUGGUGUUGUUAUCUAUCCAUUUUCAUCUGAUAAAAGCAACCAGAACUUUGCAGCCAAAGAUUUUUCAGAUGAUGAUUCAUCAAUUGUUGGAACGGCUCAAGAUCUUUCUUCCGCUGCAAAAGCCCCUUCCUCUAGUCAGGGUUCUGCUGGAGGAGUGCUAUCACUUGUUGAUGCAGAAGCUCGGACUUCAGGUGCAAAGGCUGCUGCUUGUGGUCGUUUAGCUUCAUUGGCAGCAGCAUCUAAUAAAGUUUACAAUGACCAAGGUGUCCCAGCAUCAUUUUCUGUUCCUGCGGGGGCUGUAAUACCAUUUGGCUCUAUGGAGUUGGCAUUAGAGCAAAGCAAGUUAAUGAAAACUUUCAGGUCCUUACUGGAUAAGGUAGAAACAGCAACAUUCGAAGGAGGUGAAUUGGACAGAUUAUCAUUGCAACUACAGGAACUCAUCUCUUCCUUACAGCCCCCAAAAAAUAUUAUUGAAAGCAUAGAGAGAUUAUUUCCUGGAAAUGCACGAUUGAUUGUUCGUUCAAGUGCUAAUGUUGAAGAUCUGGCUGGACUAUCAGCUGCUGGACUCUAUGAAUCCAUUCCCAACGUUAGUACUUCAUAUCCUACAGUCUUAGCCAAUUGUAUUAGUCGAGUAUGGGCUUCACUAUACACCAGGAGAGCAAUUUUGAGCCGUCGAGCAGCUGGUGUUCCUCAAGGGGAAGCUUCAAUGGCAAUUCUAGUACAGGAAAUGCUUUCGCCGGACUUAUCGUUUGUGCUCCACACACAAAGUCCAACAGACCAAGAUCACAACUACGUUGAAGCUGAAAUUGCAUCUGGCCUUGGUGAAACUCUGGCUUCGGGCACUAGGGGCACAGCCUGGCGUCUAUCUUCUGGGAAGUUCGAUGGAAAUGUGAAAACACUCUCAUUUGCAAAUUUCAGUAAGGAGCUUCUGGUUCUUGCUGCUGGCCCUGCUGAUGGAGAGGUUAUACAUCUGACUGUGGACUACAGCAAGAAACCAUUAACCAUUGACCCAAUUUUCCGUCGCCAACUGGGUCAACGCCUUGGUUCGGUGGGUUUCUUCCUGGAGCAGAAGUUUGGCUGCCCACAGGAUGUGGAAGGGUGUGUUGUUGGCAAAGACAUCUUUAUAGUUCAGACACGUCCACAACCUCUGUAAGAAAGCAGUGAUGCUUUUGCUUAAGAUAAAUCGUUAAGACUGCUGGCGCCAGCUUCCUAGAUAUUUGCUUAUCUUGUAAGGUGAGACAUUAGUAUACACGUUCACAGAUGACAUGGAAGGAUGGCUCCUGAAGGGUUGUUGCAGAAGGUUUGAGAUGACAAAAUACAGUGCGCUUUAUAAUUCUAAGGUCUUGUACUGUGAAGGGCAUUGCAUUAAUGUUAUAAUUUAAAUGCAGCUGAGUAAAGGAGAUACUAUUGUGCCUUGCAUCAUUCGUUUGACUGUUUAAGGCAGGAAUAAAGCAAUAAGUCAUCUUAGUUUUGAUUAGUUGUCUAAUUAAUAGCCUAUAAAAGUAAUGAUUAAGAUACAAAAUUUGCGCUCAA